GAUGCUUCGACUCCAUUACUUACUAGUCGCAACUCACGAGAAGCAUCCAUGUGAAAGCAGUUGUCGAAGUCUGGAAGAGUCGAUUCAGCUGUUUUUGGUCCCUUUGCCAGAUCCUGGUUUAACAUUCAUCGGUAAGAUCUGUUUUGAAAGGAAAAGGAGAUGGCAGAUUGGGGACCGGUGUUAAUAGCAGUGGUGCUUUUUGUGCUGUUAACGCCAGGGCUGUUGUUUCAGAUACCUGGAAGGAAUAGGGUGGUUGAGUUUGGGAGCAUGCAGACCAGCGGCGCUUCUAUUGUUGUUCAUGCUAUUAUCUAUUUUGGCCUCAUCACUAUCUUCCUAAUUGCCAUUGGCGUCCACGUCUAUACUGGCUAGUCUCUCUCCCCCCCCCCCCCCUCCCUGUAAUGCUGUUGCUUCAAUUUCUGUUUUGCUUUGGGACCUAUACUGAUACAUAUGUUGUUUGCUUUUGUUAUUGUUAUGGUUAGUUUUGUCUAAGUUGUGAGAUCUAACUCUGUUUGUAAAAGGGGUGGAUCUUGUUUUUUACUCUUGUGUAAAAGAAAGUACUUUAUUUUGAGCAA